UGCGGGUCUCGUCCCUCGAGGGGCUGGGCGGGGGGACGGGCUUAGGGUCUGGGAACGCCCUUUUUCCACCCCGGGGUGCCCGAAGCAGCUGGAGGCGCCCGGGCCCAGCCAGAUGGGGGGCACGGCGACCCCCGCCCCCUUCCUGGGCUAGCGAGGACUCUUCCGACUCGCGGUUUUGCACGUGCGGGGCCCAGCGCCCACAAGGCUCCCCGCAGGGUUGGAGGGGAUGGCAGUGGGAUUCCGAGUUGAAGGGCCGGCCGGGGUCUCGCACUGGCUCGGAGACGGCUCCCGAAGGCCCGCAGCGUUGCCCGGGGCAGGUUCGGGGAGACGCGCGCGGUCCCGCGGCUCCAGGCCCACCCAGCUGGUGUCCACGGCCCCGCCCCUUGAUGCUCCCUUCCCCCGCCCUCCUCGUCACGCCCGGCGCUGGCGCGGGCUGGGGGCGGGAAGCACCUCCGUGUGACGCGCCCUCCCCGCGGUGCCCUUCAGCCGCCGCCGCAGUUCGCUCCUAGCCACAUGGACCCGGCCGCCCCGAGCGCUCCCUGCCACUGACCGCGCGCCUGGCCCUGGAAAGGAGGAGGACCCCUGGCCAUACUUGAAUGUGAGUUCUGAGCCUUGGACGAGUCACUGAGGAACCUGAGCCACCGUCAUGGAGUUUGUGAUGAAGCAGGCCCUGGGAGGAGCCACCAAAGACAUGGGGAAGAUGCUUGGAGGUGAUGAAGAGAAGGACCCGGAUGCGGCCAAGAAGGAGGAGGAGCGCCAGGAGGCUUUGCGCCAGGCAGAGGAGGAGCGCAAAGCCAAGUAUGCCAAGAUGGAGGCUGAGCGCGAGGUCAUGCGGCAGGGCAUCCGUGACAAGUACGGCAUUAAGAAGAAGGAGGAGCGCGAGGCGGAGGCGCAGGCCGCCCUGGAGGCCAGCUCGGAGGGCAGCCUGACGCGGCCCAAGAAGGCCGUCCCGCCGGGUUGUGGGGACGAGCCGGAGGAGGAGGACGAGAGCGUCCUGGAUGCGGUGAUCAAGUACCUGCCCGGGCCUCUGCAGGACAUUUUCAGGAAGUAACGCAGCGCUGCAGCCCCGCGACCCCGGAGCCCCCGCCCGCCCGCCCCCUGAGAUCCUCCGCGGAGACCCCUAAGGGAUGUCGGGAGCCCAGUGCAGCCUCACGCCGAUAUAAGCCAUAGCCCUAGGUCUGUCCUUCCCGCGCCCCACUCGCCCCGGGAGCCUCCGCCCACCCUCCCGCACCUCCGCCGGGCUAGGAGGGUCCGGCCCGGGCCCCCGCAGCGGCUGCGGCACAGAGUCGGCCCAGUGCUCCUCUGCCCACGAGGAUGAAGCCCCUUCCUGCUCCGGCCGUUCACCGCCCGCGCGCCCCACUAGCGCCCGAGCCCAGAGCCGUCCCGCAACCAUGCAGGGCGCGCUGCUCCAAGUCGGGCGCUCGUGCGGGUCCAACUCAGGAGCACAGCCAUAGGGCGGUGGGGAGCAGCGGGAGCCCACCCCGGCUCUCGGUCAGCCCUCCUACCCGCUUGGUCCCUAGCCCCCCCGCCUCGGUCAGCCCCCCUCCACCUUGCUUCCAUGCUCUCUUCCAAACUUCGCCUCGCGCCCGCCGCCCGCACUCUGGCCCCGGGCUGCUGGCACAGCUCCUUUGUGUCUUCCGGGCCUCACGGCCCACCACCAUCGGUGCCCCUCACGCUGAGUCCACAGUCUGUCUCUCUCUCUCUUCCUCCCUCCCUCCCUCUCUCCUCUCACUUCUCUGGCAGGUUUUGCUUCUUAGGAUCGCCGUGACCGUGUUCCCUUGUCAUCGAGGGAAACAAAGCAAUUGUUUGGGGAAGCUCAGGACACUCCCCCAAUCCCGCCCCCCUCUUCUCUACUGGGAACCCUGCCCUCCCUCAGAGCACCCACACUUUCAGCAAGAACUGGGGAGCCCUGGGGAGGCCUGAGAAACCCAGAGCCCCUGGGGGCGCUUGCGGUGGUCCGGAGCCCCGCGCCAGGGGCCAUGGCCCAGGACCCACCCUUCCCCGUGCCCGUCUCCUUUCCCCAGGGCUGAGGGGUGAACCGGCGCAGAGCCCAGAGGGAGAAACCAGGGAGGCGAGCCCCCAGCCUAGAGCCCUUCCCUUCUGUCCUUGUUUAAUUUGCAUCACAAUUUGUUGAAUCUCAGGUAAAUGAGGUCUCUAUAUUUGAUGAGUUUUGUCUCGACAGGCGGUCGCCUGGUUCCCCGGUUCUUUUGUGCACAUGGAAAACGUGUUCAGUGUCCACGCGUCGCGGGCCAGAGGCGUGGCUCGGCAUUGACCCUCAUGACCUUACAUAGCUUUAGAGAAGCCAUAACGACCGACCGCAAUACGAACCCGACGCCCUCACAGCAGAGGCGCGCGCGCCCCACCCGCCCGUCUCGCCCGCCACGUGCCCCCUCUGACUCCUCCGGGUCCACGCCUUUUUAAAAUGCCUGUUUUCACACUUUAAAAAGCCAGCUCUGAGCAGACAGGGCGUUCUCUCGCAGAAACCGCGCAUCCCGUCCCCAGCGCGUGGGGCGCCCGGCCGCGGAGCUUAGCUAUAUGUGGAUGUCGUCUGUCCGUCUGUCCCUGCGCCCUCCUGCAUGUCGGGGGCCCUCGCGUGUGUUCUCUCCCAAUGGAAUCACAGCCAAUAAACACCAUAGUGAUUCACGCUCCGUGGCCAUUCCUUCA